GCGCUGUCGGCCGUUAGCGCGCACUCUCCGGCCCUGACUCGAACUGGGUCACAAGCCCUCGGACAAGGCAGCGAACCUGUUCGCUCCGAGCGGAGUACACCGGGGCCAGUUGCGCGCCGCAGAACACGCCGACCUCACGCGACACCGUUUUUCUCUCUCUUUCUCUCUCUUUCUCUAUCUAUCUCUGUCUCUUUCUUUCUCUCUCUCUCUCUCUCUCUCUCUCUCUCUCUGUCUCUCCCACUUUUUCUUCUCCCUCGCGGUGUUCGUUCGCGACAGUUUCGCGACGGUUUCGCGACGCGACGCGUGCUUGGUGCCCCUCUGCUGGAGGAUCUCCAAGGAGGAUUUCGAGACGAGGAUCAACGAGGGCCCGAGUGGACGUGUCGAUGGAGAGGAGACUCGUCGGCUUUGGAUGAGACCAGCCUGCGGGGGAACCGGGGUUUGGGGAGUGUUUCGUGUUCCUGAAACCGUGGACAGAUCGUUGGUGUUGCGCGGUGUGAUCGCCAGUGAUCGUGAAGUUCGUUGAAUUUCGUCGUUGUUCGAGAGUCGUGUGGUCGUCCAGGUGGCGCGCAGCAGUCAUCGAUCGAUCGAUCGAUCGAUAGAGAAGUGUCCGUUUCGUCCGGGAGAGCGGCGCUGGUCCUCGGUAUGAAGGGUAGUGUUCAGUGUUGCUGCGUGUUUUCCUGAUCGAUCCUCGUGCGAGUGAACCGGGACUUUCCAGUUGUAUUUCCAAGCGUAUCGAUAUCGUCGCCUCGCGGCCAGCAAGCAAGCAAGCAACCAAGCAACCAAGCUACCGAACACAGGAAAGUGUCCUCUCGACUGGAGGAGAGCGCAAGUACUCGGCAUGAAGGACACGCACUGGCCGGUGUUCGUCUGCGUUCUAAUGGCGACGACGGUGCUUUCCUGUCGGCUGAGCGAGUUUCAAUGCGGCAAUGGUCGCUGCAUCGCCCUCAACAAGGUGUGCAACGUCGUCGACGACUGUGGCGACGGCAGCGACGAGCCACGACAAUGUUCUCCGUGCAAUAAAACGUACUACGGGGACGUGGGCAAGACCUACGACCUGGAGCUGCAUCGACCAAAGGAGGACAAGGUGCCUUACAUUUGCAAGCUCACCUUCAGCGCGCCGGGCGGCGAUCUGGGAGACAUCGUUCAGUUGACGUUCGACAGCUUCACCCUGGGGAAAUUCGUGUCGUUCACGGCGGAGGGAUGCCCGGACGGUUCGCUGCAGAUUUCGGAGGCCCAGCGGCCGGACGUUGGUGGCCUCUGGUGCGGGACGUCCUGGGGGCCGGCGAUUUACUACAGCGAGACCCAGACCGUUUCCAUCACCCUGAAGCUGCUCAGGCUCAGCAAGGAUCAGACGGGAUUCAAUUUCGACUUCAGGAUGGUGUACAAGAUGAUCAGGAAGUCGGACGCCGUGGCGCGCUACGGGAACCCGUUCGUCGGGAUAACGCAGGCGACAGGGACGCCAGCGUCGACGGAGACGAGCCUGUCGACGUCCUCGAGCGACUACGCUAACAGCUCGAUGGCGAUGCCGGUACAGAUGGUCGAGCAGCCGUCGAUCACGACGAAGCCAAGUGCGGAGCAAUACCUCGGGGACCUGAUAUCCGGCACUUACUGCUCGCGUAUAUUCAGCGACUGCGACCGGAAGAACUGCAGGCUGCAGUCGCCCAACUUCCCCGGACUGUAUCCGCGCAAUCUCACCUGCUACUACGCGGUGAGACAGCACGACGUGCCGCCGGGGAAACACGCCUUAAUUUCGGUGAGACAGCCCCGAGGUCAACUGGUGGCGAUAAGGGCGAGGCCAGCCACCCAGGCGGAAUCGUCGCCGCGCGAGCUUCGCCUCUGGAAAGAUUGCGACGUGGUUCAGGACUACGUGACGGUGUACGACGGGUACACGACCCGGGACCCGGUGAUCCUGAAAUUCUGUGGUGGCGGGGAGCCGGUGCCGGAAGCGACCAGCAGCGGGACCGAGAUCCUGGUCGAGUUCACCACGUCUCCUUACGGCACGUUCCUUCAUCCUACGCCGCCACACUCGCUCCACGGCUUUCAAUUAGAAGUGCAAGUGAAAUUCGUGGACGCGGACUCGCCGACGUACGCGAAGAACAAGCACUGCGAGUUCUGGCUACAGGGCAGCGGUGGCGGAGUGUUGGCAUCGCCGCGUCAUUCCCUGCCGCGGAACAGCACGUGCCUGUACCAUCUACGAGGCGCAGGGCCAGCUUUACCGAGUCCGACACCGCCGCGCCCUCUGCCCAAAUUCCCGGAACAACGACCGGGGACCGUAUGGAGGAGACCAGCGCCACGACCGCCGCAGCCGCAGUUCCGCGUCUGGCUGUCGAUCCUGAAGUUUCACGUGGGCACCAGCUUGUCGAGCGGCGACGAGGACUGCUCCACCACGUUGAUGGUCUGGGACGGCGAGAUGAUGCCGCUUUCCGAGUGCUACGAUCUUGCCUGCGAGAAGGAGCAUCAACGCCACGGUGACAGAUCGGCCGAGCCGGCGCACCCUCAGGCAGCCCGUCCCGCCGGGAACACCACCCUCUUGGCCCGCUACUGCAAGGACAAGGUGCCGAGGACCUGCGACCACGCGAUCCUCCAAAACACCAGCCGUCCCUGCUCGCUCGGCGAGAGCUUCGUGUCAAGCGGAAGCAGCCUGACCAUCGAGAUGCGGAUGGUCGAGUCGACGGCUCUCAGGCCGGUGAAUUUUCGUGCGCUGUACGAGUUCGUGGAUCUCCACCAGGACGGCGAUCCUUACGGAAGCGGACCGUGCUCGAGGAUAUUCUACAGCCGGAAUCGGGAUCAUUAUCCCGAUCGUAGAUUCCAGGCGCCGCGCGACAUUUUCCUUUACGGCCGCGGCGGCGCGAAAAAUAUCAGCUGCGUGUAUAGAUUCGAGGGCGAGCACGACGAGAUCGUGCGGCUGCGGUUCAACAAGCUGUUAAACGGAAACCGGACGUGCCGCAGCGUCUCCAGCAGGGACUUUAAUCGGCAGCUCUGUGUCGGGUCGGAGAAUUUCUCCGUGAAGGUGCUCGAUGUCCCGUGGCCGAACGCGCCGCCUGUCCAACGGGACUGCCUCUGCUCCAACCGAUCCCUGCCGAUGAACGUCAAGUCGACCUCGAACAUAGUCGAGGUACACUUCACCGUCAGGUCGAUGGACGCGUUGGACGACUACAACAACCUGUUCUUCGAGGGUGUGUGGGACUUCGUCAAGACCAGCCCGUGCAUGCUGAAACGGAGGGUGAGGGGCCCGUCCGGGGAGAUCAGGUACAAGGCGCCGAUCAUCGACGAGGAUGAGAAAAACUGCGAGAAGUAUCCGUGGCUGAUCGAGCCCGGGCCGAACCAGUACCUCUACGUGAAGAUGCACGGCACGAUAAUGUCGAACGCGAGCAAAUGCGCGACGAAGAACCGGAUCGUGGUGCACACAGGCGGGGCGAUCCACGUCUCGGUGUGCCCGAGGCCGCCCGCGGAGUCGAGGCAUUACGUGGUCGAGGUUUUCAGCGACGGCUGGGCCGUCAGCAGCAACGCGAUGAUCCUGGCGCCGGGUCAGGACCCCGUCAGGACUAUAGCCGUCGAGUUUAUCGUCGAGGAACCGGACACCUACACGGUCACCUGGCUCGAGCUCACUAGAAGGCCGUCGGUGACGUCGACCGCCGGUCUUCAGAUGCCAAGGGACUGCGAACAGCGAUGCCCGGAGCUGGACGCGUGCAUAAACGCGUCGCUGUGGUGCGACGGGAUCUCUCACUGUCCAUCGGGGUACGACGAGGCGUUGACCCACUGCUCGGUCCUGCUCCAGCUGCCGCCUCUUCACCUCGGCCUCGGGAUCCUCGCGAUCGUCACGAUCCUCGGCGUGAUCUGCUUCGUGAUCUGGCGGAUCUGCAGGCAACGGGCGAACCGGUCGAUAUCGCAGCACCGGCUGAAGAGCAUCUCCUCGGAGACGGCGAUCAUCGACGGGAAGGAAGUGAUUUGCUGACACAGCGACAGUUCUGUGCGGUACGUCGAGGUCGACCGGGUGACCACCGUGUGACGAUCGCCCACCAUCGUCCCGUUCGUCGCUCGUCGCCGCGUCGUCGCGUCCCAUUUCGCGUCCUCCUCUUGAACAGGCCACGGCGACGCCCGCCUCCGCGUAACGCGCAGAACUGCCCUGCUCCGCUGGUACACUUCGUAGGCGGAUUUAGACACUGCUCCAGAGGACGCUGGUUCGCUGUUCGAUGGCCCCUCGACCGCAACUUCUUUCGCGGGACCCUGUUCUUUCUUUCUUUCUUUCUUUCAGUUUCACUCGGAUCAGAUUCUGGAAGGGAGUCUCGUUGAUUUCCAAAGCUAGGUGCUUGUUCGUUUUUCAAAGACUCCCUCAGUCUGGAGUCCCGGAUUUCCUCAUUCGUCUUCUCCCAAUGGCAUCGUUGAUCCUCUCGACCAGCUGAAACGAAACGGUCUGCAGUUCUCUUCUGUGCUUUGCCCUCCCCCCGAGUCCUAAACUUCGCCAGCGCCGAUCCGCGUUAUUGGUUGCGCCGAGAGUGCAGAAGGACCUCUCUCCGAGGUUAGAAACUCGAGUUGCUUGAACAAGGACAAUAAGUAAUGAGAUGCUAGUGUAGCUAACCUUUUGUCCCUGAACCACCACACAAACGAGGUAUAUGAAUAAUUGUACUUUUUCCGCUACGGUUUUGCAGUCCUGGGACUGCAUUUGCCAUUUUUGUGUCACAUUCUGCCGUACCGAUUCAGGCAGGUUUUGCACCGCAACGCCACUAGUGGUGAAAAUCAAAAUUAAAAAACGUGAACAGUGUUGCCAGACUGUCUCGAGAAUUACUUGUUGAAUCGAACGUGGUACUUUAUCGAUAAAGAAUUAUAUUUGUCACAACGAAUGCAUUGCAUGGUUGUUAAAAAUUUAACGCAAAUUUGAAUAUGUAAAUAAAUAAAACA